GUAACCAACUUGAUCUUGUAGAUUUGUCAUGGCUGUUGUUCCACGCAAUUUUCGUCUGCUUGAAGAGCUCGAGAAGGGCGAGAAGGGUAUCGGUGAUGGCUCAUGCUCUUAUGGUCUCGAGGAUGGCGACGACAUCACCAUGUCGAACUGGAACGGGACCAUCAUCGGGCCCGGUCAUACUGUUCAUGAGAACAGGAUCUACAGUCUGAAGAUUCACUGUGACGACUCAUACCCCGACUCACCUCCACGCAUCUCUUUCCUCUCCCGCGUGAACCUUCCUUUCGUUGCUGCAAACGGUCAAGUCGAGGCUGGGAAGAUCGGUGUGCUCGCCCACUGGAGGCGCAAUUAUACCAUAGAGACUGUGCUUGUCGAGAUGCGGAAGGAGAUGGCCUCUCCUACCAACAGGAAGCUGCCUCAACCACCCGAGGGCUCUGUCUAUUAGAAGUCUUGCCGAAUCGCUCUCACAGUCUGUUACCCAUAUGACACCUUCACUACUCGCUCGUCAUAUCAGUUGUUUCACGAAUGCUCAACGCUUGCUCUGAUCAUACUCCCAACCACAUUUCUCGUUCCAUCUCACAUGUCUCACAAUGGCCCUCCUGAACGACCUGGUCUCGCUAUCCAUCAAUAUGAUUGCUGACGUUCACAACCCCUUUCUUCUUUUGCCGAUGUAUGACCAAUGAUGAAAUCG